AAUGACAAGUGAAAUUAACGCAUUUGGCAGCGGUGGGAAGGGUAGUGAAUUGUGAAAUAAAUCCAUAAAUGAAUGGUGUGUUAAAGCUAGCUGACCAACCAUAUUAUCAGUCUCUGGUUUGGUGGAAUUGUUGUUUUCACAAUGAAGACAGUCCUAUUCCUCCUUCUGGUGUCAGCGUUAAUCCCCAUCGCCGUCGCGCAGCCCAAUGACUUCUCCGACGCAAACCUCAACGAGUUCAACUCCUCCGUAGCCAUAAUCAUAAUCAUAUUAGUAGUCGCGUUUUUCCUCAUGGCCUUUUUCUCCAUCUACGUGCGCCACUGCGCUGAUUCCCCUUCCAACACCGUCAGGCCUCUCACCACCGCACGCUCCAGGAGGGCCGCGCGUGGCCUUGACCCCGCUCUGAUUCAAACAUUCCCUAUCCUCGAAUACUCCGUUGUUAAGAUCCACAAAAUCGGAAAAGAAGCUUUGGAAUGCGCUGUGUGUUUGUGCGAGUUCGAGGACACCGAAACGCUGCGUUUGCUCCCCAAGUGCGACCACGUUUUCCACCCCGAGUGCAUCGACGAGUGGUUGAGCUCCCACACCACGUGCCCCGUGUGCCGCGCCAACCUCCUUCCCACCGAGUCCGAGGAUGCUAUUGCUAACGCCAACGCCAACGGUGUUGUUCCAGUUCCGGAAACGUUAACGCGAGACAUCGAAUCCCAAAACGACGCCGUGCAAGCCGCGCCAGAGCAGCAGAACGCGGAGGCUGACCCAGUUUUACCCGAACCGGAAGUUGUUUCCCUGGACAAAACGCUAAACCGGAACCGCACGCGAGGGUCGCGGUCGAACCGGCCGCGGAGGUUUCCCAGGUCACACUCGACUGGGCACUCGCUGGUCCAACCGGGAGAAAACACUGACCGGUUCACUUUAAAGUUGCCUUUGGAGGUGAGGAAGCAAUUAAUAAACCGCCAAUUACAACGUGCGAGUAGCUUGAUCGUGUUACCGAGGGAAGGUAGUUCGAGACAGGGUUACCGAACCGGGGGAGAAGGGAGUAGUAGAGGCAAAAUCUCGAGGCGGUUGGACCGGAGUUUGAAAUCGGACCGGUGGAUUUUCUCAAUGACUGCGCCCUUUUUUGCAAGGGCGUUGUCUAUUAGAUCGCCUAGGGUUCGAAACAACGAUGUUGAAGGAGCGGCGUCCCCGUCGUCUCCCACCACGCCUAUCAUGCCGCCGACGGCCGUUGACUCGGCAAGGCCUCCGGUUUAACCGGAGUUUCGCCAACCUCCACAUACCUUGUCAUUUUUUUAUUUAUUUUUUGCUUUAUUUGCGGGACACGAUUUUGUUUUGGGUGAAGAAUUUGUAAACUGUGUAUAAUUAAUAAGGUAUCAUGUUUUUUUUUUGUAGGCCGGUUUUAGAAGAACUGGGUCAUGAUUUCAUAUUCUCUUCGAGGUUGUUAAGCUAGUUAGUUGACCUCGGAUUUUAA